AGUACUAGUGCUGUAGUAUGGAAAGCCAUGUGCUCGGCUUCGGUUCAUUUUGUUACGGAAAUUUUGACCAUCUUUAAACGGCAGUGAACAGUACCAUAGUGUGUUUUCUUUGGCAAGUGGUUGUUCGGACCGCCGAACUUUCUUUACAACGUGCGAAGUCUGAUUAACCAGACUUUUCCCCGAAAAUCGGAAUCCCGCCGCAUCAACAUAUAAGAAUUCGGUUUCGAAAAACACAACUACAAACGGCCGAAGCAAAGCGAAACAAUCGCUCUACAAAAUGGGCGAUACGCAAAUAUCGCAAUAUGGCGAGGUGAAUCAGCUCGGUGGAGUAUUCGUAAAUGGCCGACCCCUGCCUAAUGCAGUUCGACUGCGGAUAGUUGAAUUGGCUCAACUUGGCAUCCGCCCAUGUGACAUAUCGCGACAACUUAGAGUCUCCCACGGAUGUGUCUCAAAAAUACUGGCCCGCUACCACGAAACGGGCUCCAUUUUACCAGGAGCCAUUGGAGGAUCAAAACCAAGAGUCACUACCCCCAAGGUAGUGGGAUACAUUAAAGAUUUGAAAAGUAAGGAUCCUGGAAUUUUCGCUUGGGAAAUCCGCGAUCGACUUCUAGCCGACGGAGUUUGCGACAAGUAUAACGUUCCUUCAGUGAGCUCUAUUUCUCGGAUACUCCGCAACAAAAUUGGAACUAUGGCUCAUCUGACAGGAAAUGGAGUCGUGCAUUACGACAAGCACAACCACCAUCACCAUCCGAUCACAACGUCUGGUGCUGCUAAUCAGACCUCGUCUUCCGUAACGGCUUUAUACAACCCUUUGUACCCACCGUAUUCCACUUACGGUGGAGUUAGCGUCGGGGUCGGUGUCGGCAUUCAUCAUCAGUCGCCGAUCGCAGCGACAAGUAUCGGACAUCACAUGUCGCCACGUAACAAUCCACCUCUGUCGCCAAAUCGACCAUCUCCGGCCAUAUCGUGGCCUAGUUCUCACAGUGUCACGGACAUCCUUGGUGUCGGUCUUAACAUCAACGUCGGUCUUGGAUUUCGACCCCCGCAAGCGCCCCCCAUGACAAUUGCGACGCAAUCGACGCCUGUCUGCGCCAGUUCAGAGCCAUCCGCCUCGCACAACUACAACUACAAUUACAAUUACUACAUGUACCUACAAUCGUGCAAUUCAGCAGCGGCAGGCCAUCAGCAUGGAUCCUCUAGUUCUUUGAUGAACUCGGGUCCCAUGAUGACUAACGGUUCCGGACAAUCCAUUGUCAACAGUGUCCAUGGCAUCAUGGCCUAGUCUAAAACAACUUACCUCUUCCAGUUCAUUCACUUUGUUCUACUUAAAGUGGUUUUUACGGUUUUUAUGUGGCUUUAUUUUUCAAAAUUGAAAAUGUUUGAAAAACUGCUUUGCAUCUUCGUUAUGUUUUUUUUUUUUUUUUUUUUUUUUUUUUUUUUUUGCUUUUUAUCAAUAUCCAAAGCUGUCAUAAAAUCAUAGCAGAUUGCUCGAUACACCUCGAUGAUCAUUGUUAUAUGAUGCUAUAUAUACCUUUAGCCGAAUUUCUGCUCGAAGAUGUGCCUACAAAAGCCAAAUGGGUUUCAUUAGACUGAAAUGUAAUAUUUUGUAUAUGAAAUAAGCGUAAUUACAGAAUUUAUUUUUUAUUAUUGUUAUUAUUAAUCAUUGAGUCUUGAGGCCUUACAACGACAUCAGUUUCAUCUAUUUAAACAAUUUUCGUCUUUCCUGUGGUGUGUACAUUUAUGUGAUGUAACGAAUUUUAAACUAGAAACAUACACAUAACAUUUGACCACAAAA